UGCCACUCAAAGGGUUUUAGGUUUUUAAGCUUUUUCUCUUCUUUGUUGCCUUGCCUGCGGCUCGUUAUCGCCAUCUCUGCUUCUUUCCAGGCUCCACUCAACUUCGAUCGAGGUCAAAGGAAACUGCUUUGCACUGUAAUCCAAAUCCAUUCCAGACUCCAAUUUGCUUGUGUUGUAAUAACAUAAAGAUGUCUACUGAAGCACCGGCCACCAUGGAGAUCGAAACCGUGCCUUCCGAGCCUAAACUCGAGUCAAAUCCUUUACCCCCAAAGCCAAAAUUUGAGCCUCUUAAGGCACACGAGAUGUCAGACGGUCGAGUCCAAUUCAGAAAGGUUUCGGUUCCACCUCAUAGGUAUUCACCUCUCAAGAAAUACUGGAUGGAUAUCUAUACUCCUGUUUAUGAACAAAUGAAGAUCGACAUCCGUAUGAAUCUCAAAGCUCGGAAAGUCGAACUGAAAACACGACAAGACACUCCCGACAUUAGUAACCUACAAAAAUGUGCAGAUUUUGUCCAAGCUUUCAUGUUGGGUUUCGAUGUUCCGGAUGCCAUUGCUCUUUUGAGAUUAGACGAGUUAUAUGUCGAGUCGUUUGAAAUCAAGGAUGUGAAAACACUUAGAGGAGAACACUUGUCUCGUGCUAUAGGAAGGUUGUUGGGAAAGGGAGGUAAAACGAAGUUUGCUAUCGAGAACGCUACGAAGACUAGGAUCGUCAUUGCCGAUACUAAGAUUCAUAUGUUGGGAUCUUUUGCUAACAUCAAGAUUGCUAGGGAUUCACUUUGUAGCCUCAUUUUAGGUUCACCUGCUGGUAAGGUUUACUCUAAACUUAGACAAGUUAGUGCUAGAUUGGCUGAAAGGUUUUGAUUCUUUGUUAUUUGUAAUAUGUUUUUGAGAUUUUGUUAUAUGGAUUUUUAAGAGUAAUUUAAAACCCUUGAGAAAAGAAAAAAAAACGAAGAACGUGAUGUUCUUUAGGGAGUUAUUUGAGAUGAAAGUUUUGAUAGGUAGGCAUUUGAGUGAAAUGAAUGUUAUGUAAAACUAUCAUUAUAAUGUCCCUUUUUUGAAUUUAUUCUAUUUGAGUUCAGUUUGAUUUUU